AUCCUUCUGCUCAUCAAAGAUCUCAAUAAUUUUUUUUCUUUCUUUUUCUUCGAGUUCUGGUUUUGUUUCUGAUCGCAUCCAACUCUGAUUUCUGUUCACUGAAUUCUGAGAAACCCAGCGGCGACGACGGCGGCGCCGGAAAUGGACAGUUCAGAGGUAAGCUCCGGCGCACCGCCGCCAUUUUUGACUAAAACAUACGAGAUGGUGGACGACCCAUCGACAAACGCCGUCGUAUCGUGGAGUCAAAGCGGUUUCAGCUUCGUGGUUUGGAACCCACCGGAAUUCGCCAAAGAAUUGCUCCCAAUAUAUUUCAAGCACAACAAUUUCUCCAGCUUCGUUCGCCAAUUGAACACUUACGGGUUCAGGAAGAUCGAUCGAGAGCAAUGGGAAUUCGCAAACGAGGGAUUUGUAAGAGGACGAACCCAUCUUCUAAGAACCAUCCACCGACGGAAACCAAUCUACAGCCACAGCCAGAACCAGAGCCAUAGCCAGAACCAGGGCCAGAGCCAUAGCCAGAGCUCCAAUGGAUUUCCAUUUUCGGAACCAGAGAGGCAGGAGCUGGAGAACAAAAUCAAGAUCCUGAAUCAAGAAAACACCCAACUUCAAUCACAGCUGCAGAAGCACGAAAGAGAGAAAGAAGAAAUCGAGCGCCAAAUUCAGUCGCUCUGUAACCAAUUAUGGAGAAUGGGGAAUGAGCAGAAGCAGCUAAUUACCAUGCUGACGGCUCAAUUGCAGAAGCAGCAUCCGAGCAAAAAGAGGAGACUGUGGAAACUGAACGACUUAUUGCUGGAAGACCCAUCGGAGUGGGAGAAAGAGGAGAAGAAUGGUUGGAAGAGCGUGAUGAUUCCGCCAUUGGAGCUGAUGGGGAAGCUUGAAUCGUCGUUGGGGUUGUGCGAGGAGUUGCUGUGCAGCGUGGCGAAGGUGGUCGGAGAAGAAUCGAAGGUGGUCGGAGAAGUCAAGGUUGUGGGGUCGAAGGAGGGGGAUGUGAGAAAUGGAGCGAAUGAUGUGUUUUGGGAACAGUUUCUGACGGAGAUUCCAGGCUCUUCCAAUGCAGGGGAAGUGAUCUAUUUGAAUAGAAGGAAUAAUGUUGUAAAUUAGAGAGAAUUUAGAUGUUGUAAAUGAUUCAUUUCUGUAGCCUUUUUGCUCUUUAGGAUUCUAAUUGAACGUGGAAGUUUUGUUUUUGUUU